AUGGCGAAGUUGACUGUAUCGAGCAAUGGCAACCCAGAGAUCGUGUCACUGGUACAACAUACGGGUCUCGGGGCCUUAAGCGCUCGACGGCAGAGACCGAGGUUGCCUGUCCAGUCUUACAACAAUACCGAGUGGGAAGCGAACCGCGCCAUCAUUACUCAUCUCUACUCAGUCGAACGACAACCGUUGGGCGAGGUACGGCGACGGCUCCGCCAGAUGGGGUUUCAGGUCAAGUAG